AAUUUCUUGUAACCUUAUCGAAAGACUUUUCACAGCUUCUUACUCAAGCUUAUGAUUAUGAUGUGUAUCUUGGAAUUGGUGAAGAGCCACAUAUGAAAAUGUUUAAGGCUCAUUCCAUAAUUUUACGUGCUAGAUGUUCUUACUUUAAAGCAGCGCUUUCAACUGAAUGGACCAAAAAGGACGGCGAAAUGCUUGUUUUCAAAAAGCCAAAUAUUUCUCAUGAUGUAUUUGACGUGAUUUUAAAUGGAAAAGCUUCAUUAGAACAGCUUAAAGCUUCCGAAAUUUGGGAUCUUAUCAUUGCAUCCGAUGAAUUACUUCUUCAUGAAUUAUUCGAUCAUGCUCAGGAAUAUUUAAUAUCUGAACAUUCAAAUUGGAUUCAGUCUAAUAUUUCUUCUGUGCUUCAAAAAAUUGUUAACCAUUCUUGUAAAAAAUUACAAUCAUAUUGUAUUCACGCAAUUGUCAAUAAUCCAAACUUGUUAUUUUAUUCUGAGGAUUUUAUAAAUAUAGAAGAAGAUAUGCUAAUUAAUAUUUUGGAAAGAGAUGAUUUUAAUAGGAUGCGUGAAAUUGAUGUUUGGAGUUUCGUUUUGAAUUGGGGAAUUAUAAAUACUGUAGAAUUAAAGGCUGAUGAUGGUACUGAUACUGUUGAAGAUGUUGAAAAAUGGUGUGAUUCUGAUUUUAAAGCAUUAUCAAAAACUAUUAAGAAAUUAAUUUGUCAUAUUCGAUUUUCUGAGAUUUCACCUUGCGAUUUUAACUCUAAAAUUAAACCUUAUGCAAAAAUAUUUCCUCCUUCACUUUGGGAUGAUUUACAAACUUAUUUUAAUUCUAGAUGUUACACUAAAUCAACUUCACUGCUUCCACCACGACGACGUAUAAGUUCCGAAAUUCUUUCAAAUGAGCAUGUAUCAAUAUUGGCAAACUGGAUUAAAGAUAUUCAAAGAGUGGACAUUACAGCUACAUCUCCAUACGUAUUACCAUAUGCUUUUAGGUUAUUAUAUAGAGCAACGAGGGAUGGGUUUGACUUAGAACAUUUGCAUAAACGAAUAGGUUCCCAGCCGGAUAUUAUUGUUGUGGCAAAGACAAAGAAAAGUUUUAUAUUUAGUUUCAAAAGCGGAAGUGAUAGCUCCAAUAAUAUAAACAGCAUUAGCAGAAACCGUAUUGACAACAGUGAUUAUAUUACAACUAACGCUCCUGUACAAUCAAAGCCUACGAUAAUAUCGAAAAUAAGUCGUAUUAAUCCAGAAAUGGCGGAUAGAGUAGUAUUCGAUUCUCGUGUGAGUCAUAUAUGUUUUGGUGGAAGUGAUCUAAGAAUAGGUGGUAUCUUAAAUCCUAAAAGUGGUUACACAAGGUCACAAUAUUAUGAAACGAAAAUUAGAGAAUUUCAAGGGUUGUUUCACAUUGAUGAUUAUGAGAUAUUUUCAAUUUCCAAGCCAUCGUAG